UGCCAACAGCUGCUUAAAAUCGUUACCGCCGGCGUAAAAGUUUAUAUAAAUUUAUUAAAAACAAUCUACAAUAAUGAUGCGUAUAAAUGCUCAAAUGUGGAAGCAAAUCUGUACACUGCAACGCUUGCCGGCUGGUGCAAGUAAAAGUCGCAGCAUCUCGCUGCAGUUUAGAAGAAAGAUGACACAACAGACGCAACAACAGCCAACAAAAAUUGACUUUACAACGAGCAUUCCGAUUGGCGCCAAGGACAAGGACAAAAUCACGACUCUGGGUUGGUUUCUACUUCUGAUACCCGCCACAACAUUUGGCUUGGGUUGUUGGCAAGUGAAGCGGAAAAUCUGGAAGGAGCAGCUAAUUAAGGAUUUACAUAAGCAACUCCAUACGGCACCUGUGGAGCUACCUGAAGAUUUAAGCCUGUUGGCUGAGAUGGAAUACCGUUUGGUCAAGUUGCGCGGUCAUUUUCUGCACGAGAAGGAAAUGCGAAUGGGACCACGAUCUCUCAUACGACCCGAUGGCGUGGAGACCCAAGGUGGACUCUUCUCCCAGCGUGAUUCGGGCAAUGGCUAUCUCAUUGUCACACCAUUCAAGCUAGCUGACAGAGAUGACAUUGUGCUUGUAAAUCGCGGCUGGGUCUCGCGAAAGCACGUUGAUCCGGAGACACGGGUCCAAGGUCAGCUUAAGAAGGAGGUGGAGCUGACCGCCGUUGUACGCAAAGGCGAGAACCGUCCGCAGUUUACACCGGAUCACAAAGAUGGCCAGGUGUAUCUGUAUCGCGAUUUGCCAAGGAUGUGUGCAGAUACAAAUGCAGCUGCCGUCUUUCUCGAUGCUGUCUACGAUCCAAAGGUUGACCCAAAUAGUCCAAUAGGUGGACAGACGCGGGUUACACUGCACAACGAUCAUCUGUCGUAUUUGAUUACCUGGUUCAGUUUGUCGGCAGCAACUUCAUACCUUUGGUAUCGACAGAUUGUUAGGAGAAUACCAUUUUAAAAUUCGAUUCACAAUUUUUGAAUGAUUGUUGUUUUUAUUUUAUAAAAAUUUACAUGUUUGUGUAAAUGUUUGUUUAAUUAUUGUAUUAUCGUACAAUCCUACAGAUAUGGAAAUUCUGUAGCGAUCUAAUUGCGGGUCUCCGUUUGCAACGGCAAUGUUAAUAUUUAUGUUAUAUUGCAACUGGAACGACAUUUGGUUGUAGGAAUAGAAAUAGGAAUACUUAGGCGUAUCUAGCGAAAUACAAAUACUCGUACU